AUGGUAGAUGAAGGCACAAGAAAAACGUUAAGUAGUAUACCUUUACUAAAAACAAAGGCAGGCCCCCGGGAUAAAGAAUUAUGGCCCAUGAGAUUAAAAGAGGAAUAUGUAGCAUUAAUUAAGUAUGUCCAAAACAACAAAGAAUCGGACAAUGACUGGUUCAGACUCGAAUCAGAUAAGUCUGGCACUAAAUGGUUCGGCAAGUGUUGGUAUGUCCACAACUUGUUGAAAUACGAGUUUGAUCUCGAGUUUGAUAUACCAAUUACCUACCCGACAACAGCACCAGAAUUGGCGCUUCCUGGUUUAGACGGCAAGACUGCCAAAAUGUAUCGAGGUGGCAAGAUAUGUCUCACUGAUCAUUUUAAACCGCUGUGGGCCAGAAAUGUACCGAGGUUCGGUAUAGCACAUGCUAUGGCUUUAGGGUUGGGCCCGUGGCUAGCAGUCGAAAUACCAUCACUCAUAGAAAAAGGCGUCGUGAAAUACCAAGAGAAAUCGGAGGAAGCGAAGUGA